UCACAAGAUUUAUAAUUCUAACCCGUAAAAAUUUGUUUUUUGAGAGAAACUAUCAAUAAUAAUUUUCAUAUAUUUUACUUAUAUUUAUUAUAUUCACUAAAAGUCUAUUAACGUAAUUUAUUAAUUUAAGUUUUCAAGCUAUUGUUAAAUAAGAAGUAAUUAAAUAAAUUUUACAAUGAUGAAUGCAAUUACUCGAUCAAAAUUGUUUAAUUUAUCAAGAGUAAACAUUAAAAAAGUCCAUUCAAAUGCAGCACUUGUGGAUAAUUGUACGAGUAUUAAUAACAGAAAUCCUAGAAAUCUUGAAUAUUUAAGGAUCGCACAUAGACCACAUGGUUAUCAUUUGGAAAAAGUAAUUCCAUCAUUUUGGCACAAAUUGAUUCUAACACGUUCUUCAAAAUAUAUAACUUUUGAUGUACAACAUUUUGAAAAUGGAAUUGUUGUAAGUGCGUCAAGUCAAGAAUGGCCUAUAAAAAAACGUUUGUACAGAUGCCAAGACAGUGCAGCGUACAUAAAUCUUGGUCGUAUAUUAGCCCAACGAUGUUUAGAGAGUGGGAUAUUGUUUAUUCAUGCUGAUCCAGAAUUACCUGAAUGUGAAAAAACAAAUUUGGCAUUACAAGAAUUAAUUAAGGAGGGUAUUACAUUAAAUGAACCAUUGCGUUAUAUUCAUCCAAAUCCUUGGGAUCUUCAACGACCCGAAAAACCGUGGGAAAUUUAUGAAAAUUAAUUUUAUUUUAUACAUUACUAUUGUCAAUAAAAAUUAGUUAUUUAAA